AUGUUCAACGCGACUUGCAAAUCGGAAGCCAUGGCAGAAAACGACAAUGCCGGUGUCAAGAAGCGACCUCGUUCCAUGUUGUACAAGAGAGCGCAGUCCGUCAGUCCGAUAGCCAGAAAACCUCGAAGGACUCCAUCUGUAGUGAGAAAGAUUGCAAACACAAGAAGAUGUCAAAGUUUAUCACCAUCGAAUGAAUAUACAGUCAGUAGCCGAGUUGAUACUACACAACAAACUAAUAAGAUGGUCGCAGAUCAAUCUCAAAACUCCAUGAGCGAAAAGUCCGGAAAAGAAACCGUCAUACCGCAAUGUAUUCUGACAAAAACUUUGCGAGCGUUAGCAACAAAGAAGAGGGAAUUUAUUAAGUUAAGGAAGAAUUUGAUUGCUCAGCAAAAUACCGUAUUAGAGCAUUUUGCAGCAGUUAAGGAGUUAGAAUCAAGAGCUGGUAUACCAGACGAAAGUCUUGGAGAGAUGAGAAUACUUUCUCUGAAGGGCUGGCCAGCGCAUGAUCUUUUACUUCUCGUGAGAGAUGACUUUUCGACUCCAAUAAAUAAUGAAAUUGAUGGAGUUUUUGGUCCUCAAGUUUGGCAGCAGCUUGCUGGUCAUCUGCAACCUAUACCAGAGGAGGUUCUUGGUAUGGGUGCUGACAUUAUGGCUAGGCGCUUGGAUAUGCUCAACAUGCUAAGAUGCAAACAUCGCAAUGACCGUUCCACAUAUAUGACAAAUUUGGAAUGGAAGGCAAAAAACCAGGAAUUUGACAACGAAACUGAACAGUUACAUAAAAUGGUUGUCGGAACUGCUGAGAAUUUGAAAGCUAAAAUUAACUACUCCAUGGAUCUUGCAAAGAUUCCAUGGAUAGAUCGUGAUGCUAUGAUCAAGAAGAUUGAACGCGUAACAAAAGAAAACAUGACACUGCAGCAUAAAAUCGAGGAACUGAUCAAAAAGGAACAAAUAAAUCAAGAAAUUAAAGAGAAAGAUGGACGGAAAUCUGAUGUGUCUGCUAAUCAUCAGGCAUUAUUUGAAGAAUUGAAAAAGGAGCGUGAAGUUCGUGAAUCUCUUAAAGAAGUGGUAAAUGGGGCUGAAAGUAUGCUGAGAGUGGCUCGAGCAAGGAUCGUGACGCUGGAGAGGCAACUCAAGGAAUCAAGAACAGAACUUGACACGGCUCGCCGCAAGUACAAGGAUAUGGAACAACUUGUAAACAAUGACAAUUUAUAUCGCAAUCGAGAGUUCAGCUAUGACGCGCGUUCGAAAAAAAUGUUAGAGGUAUCCAAAACCGGGGAAAUGACGAUCGAAGCGUUGUCACGACAGAGAGACGCGCUGGAGAUCAGAGUUAAGGAGUUAAGGGAGAUAGCGGAAAAUGCAGAACGUACAGAAGAAGCGCGCCAGGCAGAAAUAAAGGCGAAGACGGAAGAAUUGGAGAAAAGAAUUGCAGAACAGGAAAGAAAUAAGAAUACCGCUGAAGGACAAGUAGCUGAAUUAAAAGGUCGGGUUAGAGAGUUAGAAGAACAAUUACUUUCUUUACGAGAACGAACUGUUCGUUUAGUGGAUCUGGAACGAAGACGAUGUGGUGAUUACAUACCUUCCAAAGAAAGUGAACCUUCUGAUCGAGAAACUGAAAUUUGGAAGGAACUGCAAGUGACUCGAGUUACUUUGUCGCGGGCAGAGGAAGAACUACGUCUGAGCAGGGCUGAUAAAGAUAGCUUUUUGGAGUCUUUGUCUCAAAUUGCGCAAAUGGAAAGGAAUGACAAGGAAGACAAAAUGUCUGCGGAAUUAGUAAAGAAAGAACAGUAUAUACGGAAAUUACAGAACAUAAUCGAAGAACAGCGAGAAAACGAGAAAAUCAUGGAGCACACAAUGACAGAUUAUGAAAAUCAGCUGGCAACACUACGUCUUGAGGUCAAACGUUUGAGAAAUUAUGAUUGUUACACCAAGGACACUCAAUAUCAAGAUCUACAGACUGAGCUGUUGGAAUUACAAAUGCAAGUUGAGACGUUGUCUCGUGAGCGAUCAGCCUUAGUGUCGGCAGCGGCUUCACGAGCGCUGAUGCUGGAGAGGCAUGAGAGGGCUGCGGAUCUAUUCGCUAAGAUCACUCGCGCGAGGAAGGAACUUGAGGCUCAGAUAGAUGAUAAUCACGACUUGCCACAUAUAUCUGACGGCCUGCAAGCUGAGAUGUGUAAAUCGGUGUCAUCUAUCUGCGCGUCGUCUGCCGAGACCUGGUCUGCCUUGAAGGCAGAACGGGCUCGUGUGUUGCGACUGGAGAGUGCGGUGGUCUCUCAGAGUAUACAAUUGGAGAGAGAAACCAGAGUUAGAACUCAACUUGAAAGACGGAGGGCCACGUUGGAGAGGGAAUUAUUCCGGACACGUCACGAUACUUCAUGUAGCAAGAUUUCCUCUAAUCCAAAUUCGACCAUUUUCUUCCCCUAG